UGCACCCAGAAGCCAGCACUGCUGUCCCUUGAACUCAUCUUCUCCCUCAGUGCUAUCUGCUCAUCCUUCCUGAGAUUGUUUCUACAUCCUGAGUUCCAUAUGUAGGAAACUGCACAGAGCUGAGCUCAGCCUUCCUGUAAGUGACACCUGAAGCAUUGCUGCGAGGGGAGACUGAGAUCCAGGUGAGCGAGAGGAGCGAAGGGUGGGACUGAGCAGCAGAAACCCAUGCAGAGAGGAGGAACACCCAUGCUGGGGCACAAAGCACACUGCAUGCUUGCAGUGUGAGGCACUGGAGCUUGGAUGCUGCCGUCCCAAAGGGCACCAGCUGCGAUAGGAGCACACAACCCUAAGGGCAGCAGCGUGUGUUCCCCUGCCAGCUGCUCCCUGAGAGUGAUGCUAUCAGCUCAGCUUUGUUCUGCUGCGUGCAGCCUCGCUCUGCUGCACAGCACCGAGCAAAGCACCGAUAGGAUCUGCCCAGCCCUGCACAAUGGAAAGUGCCACGGCACCCAGCCAGGGCCCGACCUCAGCCCUCCUUUGGGAUCUGCUCCCGCAGCACUGCUGUGUCACACUGAUGCUGCUGGCUUUGUGCAUUUCUGUACAGCUGCGUUUCUCACUGUUGUUCUUUACAGAUGCAUUAGAAAUCCAUCUGAAGGUCAGUCUUAACAAAGCCGAUGCUUAUCAGCUUUCUCCAAGUUGCUUUUUUAAUUUUAAUUUUUUUUUUUUUUUAAUAUUUUGGUGAAGAAAAUCAUUUUCCAACGCUGCAUUUGAAACAUCCAUGAGCACUGUUAAUCCCACAGCUCCUCAGGGUGAGGAGAUCUGGUCCCGUCCCACCCCACAGCCCCAUCAGCCCCCGGUGUGACCUGUGUGCUUCAGCUCCCCCAGAAGAUGGUUUCCUUCCAGCAUGGGGAUCCCACAGGUCACCACUUUGGACACCUUUGUAAGGCAGAGAGGGGAAAAAGCAGUGCCCAGGAUGAUGAAGCCGCUGAAGCUUUUUGGAAUGGUCAUCUUUUGUGGGCUGCUCUCUCCCACCCAGGGGGUUCUGUCUGGCCUGUCCUGUGCCGUCAGUCCCAGGGCCACGCAACAAGCGCUGUCCGAUGCCAUCAUUCAGAACGGGCUUCUCCAGAAGCACCUGCAGGGCCUGGUGCUGCCGAACAUCAUGAGUGACGGGGGUCUGCUGAACUCCCCCACCAUCAUCACGGGGCUGCACCUGGAGAGGUCCCGGAUGCCCACGCUGUCGAUGGAGCUGCUGCCUGGGAUUGGGAUGCAGUUGGUCAUCACCGUGCGCCUGGAUCUCAGUGGCAACUGCUUGCUUGGCCUUCUCUCCGAGGUAAUUGUUAUCUCCGCGGAUGUGACCGUUACCACAAACAUCAAAUGCUCAAGUUUCGAGUCGGGUGCAGUCCAGGUCAUUGCUGAUGACUGCUUCUGCAUUCUUGGUGCUGUAAAGAUCAAGCUGCUCUCUGGCUUACUGUCCCUGUCAGUGCAUGACAUUGUGCUCAGCCACCUGACAGCAACUUUGCCUGGUUUGCUGUGUCCAGUGAUAGAUAUUGUCUUCAACAUAGUGAACAUCCAGCUCCUGAGCACUCUGGAUGUGGUGAUCCCUGUUGGCUCGAAGGGGACGGUUCACUACCACCUGGCUGGCCCACCAUUCACCUCUGGUUCGUCCCUGAUUAUGGAUUUAGAUGGCACGGUGCAGCAAAUGGGAGGCAGCAUCAUCCCCCACGACUCGUAUGCCUCUGCCUUGCCCCCGCUGCUGGACCGGCUGUUGAUCAUCGGUGUGCGCCAGAGCUUCCUCAACUCCCUGCUGGCCCUGCUGCUCCAGAUCCAGCCACACACCUUCCCCUGCUCGUCAGAAGCUUUCUCUGGAGCCAACCAGCUGAGAGAUUCCAUCACAGCCCUUUAUCCCACUGGGUGCAACAGCUGCCCUGGGGCCAGUCCUCUGAGCAUCCGUGUGGAGUCUGUGGGGAACCCCAUCCUUCUCUUGGAACCCAACAAAGCCACCGUUGAGCUGUCGGUCCUGCUCCAGGUGUUUGUUAAGCGCCCGGAUGGAUCCAUCAUCAACCUGCUGCUCCUGAAGGCAGACCUCAGUCUGAACGUCCGCCUGUCGAUCUCCAGGGGCAGCCUGGUGCUGGCCUUCUCCCUGGGCAGAGUUUCCCUCAUCUUGCAGUCAUCUGACAUUGGCAUCAGUGAUAUCUCCAACCUGAAGCCACACCUCAUUAAGCUGCUGGUGGAGACCUACCUGCCACUUCUCAAUGCUGCUGCAGCAGUUGGGAUACCCUUGCCUGAUGUGUUCAGAAUUCCUCUGAUAAGGGUGGACUUCCAGAUCUCGUUGGGACUGUUGUUGAUCCUCGUGUGAGCCAUGCACUAUGCAGGCAGCUCUGGAAAGAAAGAGGGAGGAGAUCCGGUCAGGAUGGAGCAUUGGAACCAACAUUAUCGUCUUUCCUAAAUGUACUGCAAGGUUCUUGGUAAUAUUUAAGGCACUUUAAAUUAAAUUGGCUUACAUGGUACUGAGAUGCUUGCAUAAGCCAACACCAGUUAGGCAGCUCUGUGUAGAAAUAUUUAUUUAGAGAAAUUAGGGCGAAUUAGAGGUCACGGUUGCAGAAGUGGCAUGUGAUGCUGCAGCUAAAGUGUUAAAUUCCUUGAGAAUUUGGUCUUUGGGAAAGUUGUUGUCUGUGUAAUGGAAAAGGGAAAUUUUGCAUGUGGCUCUCCAAUGCGGAUGUCUCCAUCCGUGGUGAGAAAAGUCCAAAGUGCUGAGCAGGAGCUCGGGAUACAUUUGUCACUGAUUCCUUCAGUAAUAAACAUGCAUUCUUUUUUAGUGCUCAGAAGGAGGUUUGUGAUGUUCUUGGGGAUGCCCCCCCCGUGCCUCCUGCUGGAGGAUCUGUUCCUCUGUGACAGUGCUAUGU